UCUGAGUUUACGUUUUGUAAUGGAUUUUCUCGGUGAAGAUUAUGAGAUGGUCAGUUCUGGGUUUGUUUCGUCACCGAUGUCGGAUAGUGGAAGUGGAAGCUGUCGUCCGACGAAUUUUUCCGACGAAGAUGUGAUGUUAGCUUCGUGUCACCCGAAAAAGCGUGCUGGGAGGAAGAAAUUCCGGGAGACACGACACCCGGUGUUCAGAGGAGUCCGCCGGAGGGAUUCCGGGAAGUGGGUUAGCGAAGUGAGGGAGCCUAACAAGAAAUCGAGGAUUUGGCUGGGGACAUUUCCUACCGAGGAGAUGGCGGCACGUGCACACGACGUGGCGGCGUUAGCUCUUAGAGGAAGGUUGGCUUGUCUGAACUUCGCGGACUCUGCUUGGAGGCUUCCGGUACCAGCUUCUACUGAUCCAAAAGACAUCCAGAAGGCAGCAGCAGAGGCGGCGGAUAUAUUUCGACCAGCUGAGCCAUCGCAUUCAGACGAUGCAAAGAGAGGUGAAAACACGGAGGCGAUGAAAAUGAAAGUGUCGGAAACUGAGUUCUAUUUGGACGAGGAGGCAGUGUUUGGGACCGAGAAGUAUUUCGCAAACAUGGCGGCGGGGAUGAUGAUGUCUCCUCCUCGUUGUGGAUAUACAGGGGAUGAACAAGAAUUCGAUGCUGCCGAUGAUUAUGAACCUCUAUGGAGCUACUCCAUUUAACCGGGUUCAGCUUCGAGUAUAAUUACACGGGAAUACUAUUUUUAGUAUAUAUAU